AGCUUGCGGUGCUGCCUCACUUCUCGUUCCCACAUUGAGUUCAAAAACACACACACACACAUAGUAGAUAGACACACAUACGCACACAAGCACACACAGGCAUAGAAAGCACACAAAGAGAUAGAGAGAGAGAGAGACUGUGCUUUUCCCCUACACUCCGGGAGCACAGCGGACUAACAGGGGCAGUCGGCACAAGGCAAGCUCUGCAGCAAUGAGGUGUCACUGCAGGACAGAUGACACGAAGGGGCACACAAUGGACCGCUGACUCUAUGAGAAAUGGAGAAGGAAACUGGCAUCAGAGACAACUCCACACCCAAGCCAAAUGAGGAUUUAAAAUGUCACAGCCAUAUGUCUAAAAUACCAGGGGUUACAGGAGCCAAAAUACAGUUAUGAUUACAUGGCAUCCAGGUUAGACAAACAACUCAACAGUAGGCUAUGUAUAAUGUUCAAAUGAUAGACGAUAACAGAUUAUGGGUAUCUCCGGUUAAUAUGGACCACCCAUUUGCACGAAACAGGAUGUCAGCACUGAGUCCUUAGAGAAGUGGAUGGCACCAUGGUGAAUGUGGCCCUGGCGGUGAUCCUGUGCCUGCUGAUCGGUCUGACCGUGGGUGGGAACGUCUUGGUGUGUCUGGCCGUGUGCGUGUCUCGUCGUCUCCGCUGCCUCACAAACUGCUUCAUCGUAUCCCUGGCGAUAACAGAUCUCUUACUGGGGGUCCUGGUGCUCCCCUUCUCUGCCCUCCUCCAGCUCAACAACGACUGGCCUCUGGGUCCCAUUUUCUGUAACUUCUACAUAUCCAUGGAUGUAAUGCUUUGUACUGCCUCUAUUCUUACAUUAUUGGCCAUCAGUGUUGACAGGUAUCUUGCUGUAACCAUGCCUCUUAGAUAUACCUCUAUGGUUUUGCCCUGGAAAGUAGCAGUAGCCAUGAUAACAGUCUGGGCAGUGUCUUUAGCUGUUUCCUUUUUGCCAAUCCAAAUGGGUUGGAACACUGUGAACGGGACAGUGCAAAACCAAGGGCCGUAUGCGUCAGAAAGGAGAUGCCGAUUUGAGCUCAACCGGCCCUACGUUCUCACCGAUUCCCUCCUCACUUUCUACCUUCCUCUCAUAGCAAUGUGCUGGACUUAUCUGAAAAUACUGCGCAUAGCUCGAGCACAGGCCAAGCGCAUCACCAGCUCUCGUCCUACGUGCGUAACCACAUACAACCGCAAAAACUCCUCCACGGUUACCACAGUGGUCUCCAAUGUGACAGCCAUCACCCUCCGAGAGCACAAAGCCACGGUGACACUGGCGGCGGUCAUAGGGGCGUUUGUGAUCUGCUGGUUGCCGUAUUUUAUCAUGUUCACAGUUUUAGGUUUAAAAGAGCACCCUGACCCCAACACAGUGCCAGAAUACCCCAUAGUGCUGUGGCUGGGUUACGCUAAUUCCGCCCUGAAUCCUUUCCUCUACGGAGCUUUGAACAGAGACUUCAGGUCAGCAUACUCACACAUACUCAGGUGUAGAUGCCCCUUCAGUGGGUGGAGGAGCAGACAGCCAUCGCCUGUAAUGACUGGAGCCAGAGAUAACCUUACAGAGGUGACACUGUUGUGUGGCCACAUGCCCAGCACAUGCAGGGCAGGACUCACGGACCAGAGCUUCAGUCUUCAAGAAAUACACAGUGGGACCCCUCCAACAACAGCUGUGCAACUGACAAACGGCACCACACCCACAGACGUCAAUGGAAACGACAGCUGACGAACAUCUCAGGCCAACCCGUGCUCAUGCUCUGUCCGAUCUUUGACGGGGGAAGAGUAGUCAAGAUGAAGCAGUCUCGAGGAGAAGGUGCAACUGUUUAACCAAGACAUCAGCUAAAAUGGACAAACUUUAGUUUUUACAGACUUCAACUUUGCUUCAGUGUCCUUUGUGUCAAUGUCUAGCCCUGAACAAACUGUGACACCAGCUCAAAGCCCAGAUGAAGCCAUAUGGCCAAAUGUGUUUUCUGCCAAAAGUCUUCUUGUUUCAGUCAUUGCCAUCAGCAGACUAUAGAUGUCUGUGAAUAUAACUGGUGUAAGGUGAAACCCAGCUACAGAAAUGCCACUUGGACUUUUACAAAAACAAGAUUAGGUUCUGUUUCUGAAAUAGAAAAUUGUAUUGCCAUAGUAUUUACAGUGUGAAAGCAAAAGUAUCCAUUUAUACCAUCAUCUGCAACUCCCUAUAGACUGUAGUAUAAAUGAA